CUGAGGUAGCUGCCAGCUUUCGAGUUCCGGUCUUCGUCUAAGAUAAGGCCGCUGGUGGGCUCAAGAAGGGACUUUUAAGUAGCAUUUCAGUAUUCCGCCAUUGGUUUGAGCACUCACUGACCCUAGUUUAUGUUGAUUUAUUUAAAGCCAUCCAUGCUUCCACUAUACGCAGCAAUGUCAUUGGCCAUAUAAUUGUAGGGGACUUUUGUCUUGCCGCUAGAAAUCACCAUCUGCUACUGAUAACACUGAUUUUGCCCCUCAACGUUGUCAAGCUCAGUAGCUCACAGGCACUGAUGGGGCGCUCUCUUCUCUCACAACUCUUUAUCCUCAACAGCACUGCUCCCCGCUUCUCUUCUUCAGUGUUAAGAAGACCAGGAUUGAUUCCUCAGAUCCAUAGUCAAAGUUUCCGGUGCCUUUGCAGCACCCCUAUAUCUGAGUCUUCUGUUUCCGAGAAUCUUCCGAGCUCUGUAAAGAAGAGAAUAGUCUCUGGUGUACAGCCAACAGGGUCUAUACACCUUGGGAAUUAUCUCGGUGCCAUAAAAAAUUGGAUCCAGUUGCAGGAUAAGCAUGACACUUUCUUCUUCAUUGUAGACCUUCAUGCGAUAACUUUGCCAUAUGAUGCACCGCAUUUACUUAAAGCAACUAAGGACACAGCAGCUCUUUAUUUAGCUUGCGGUGUGGACCCUACGAAGGCUACAGUUUUUGUACAGUCGCAUGUUGCUGCUCAUGUAGAAUUGAUGUGGCUACUGAGUGCUGCCACUCCCAUUGGUUGGCUCAAUAAAAUGAUUCAAUUUAAAGAGAAAUCACGGAAGGCGGGAGAUGAAAAUGUUGGGGUUGCCCUUCUAACCUAUCCUGUACUGAUGGCUUCUGAUAUUCUUCUAUACCAGCCUGAUCUUGUUCCUGUUGGAGAGGAUCAGAAGCAACAUCUUGAAUUGACACGAGAGCUUGCAGAACGAAUUAACUAUUUAUAUGGAGGUAAAAAAUGGAAGAAGUUGGGAGGGCGAGGUGGUCCAAUAUUUAAGGUACCUGAACCUCUCAUUCCACCUGCUGGAGCUCGAAUAAUGUCCCUUACUGAUGGCCUCUCAAAGAUGUCAAAGUCUGCACCUUCUGACCAAUCUCGUAUCAACUUGCUUGAUCCAAAAGAUGCAAUAGCAAAUAAGAUAAAACGUUGCAAGACUGACUCAUUGAGUGGCUUGGAGUUUGACAACUCUGAUAGACCAGAAUGCAACAAUCUUCUUUCAAUUUAUCAGCUUGUGUCGGGCAAGACAAAGCAGGAAGUUACAGAGGAAUGCCAAAAUAUGAGCUGGGGAGCUUUUAAGCCUUUGCUUACAGAUGCUUUAAUUGCACAUCUACAUCCUAUCCAGGUUAGAUAUGAGGAAAUAAUGUCUGAUAGUGACUGUUUGGAUAAAGUGUUAGCAGAAGGCGCUAUGAAUGCAGCAAACGUUGCAAAUGUCACCCUCCAAAAUGUUUACCAGGCAAUGGGGUUUAUGCGGCGAUGAUUAUAAAUUGUCUUCGCUUUAAAAAAUCACAGUAUUUAGUACGUAGUAUUAGUUAUACAAUAAGGUACAUUUUCCAUUUCCCUUGGAUUCUUUUAGCCAUAAGUACCUGUACCUUGUGUUCAUGUAAGUAUGUAACCCAAUGAACCGCGAGUCUCUAGAUUCAAUCCAUUAGAAAAAUAUGGAGUAUCACCCAUUCCCCCAUUCAGCUUAGAGCAAUUGGAAGAACGAUUUAA